AUGUCACGAGCAGUGCAGGCUCAGCAGAAUGGCAUGGCUUUUGCUGCCCCAGGUCAGGACGAUGACAUGUGCCCCGUUUGUCGUUCCACUCGCUACCUCAAUUCCAACCUCCGCUUCCUCGUUAACCCCACCUGCUACCACAAAAUGUGCGAAUCAUGCGUCGACCGUAUCUUUAGCCAAGGCCCCGCUCCAUGUCCCGUAGCGGGCUGCGCGCGGACCCUUCGCAAGGCCCGCUUUCGGAAGCAGACAUUUGAAGAUCUGAAGAUCGAGCGCGAGGUCGACAUUCGAUCGCGGGUUGCGAAGGUGUUCAAUCGGCGUCAAGAGGAGUUCUUGAACUUGCGGAAUUGGAAUGACUACCUGGAGCAGGUAGAGACGCUGACCUUCAACCUGUUGUAUGAAGUUGAUGUAGAGGAGACGGAGGCAAAGAUGGCAAGCUAUGAAGCGCAAAAUGCGGAAUCGAUUAGGCGCAACAAGAUACUUGAGAAUCAAGAGCAUGAGAGCUUCGAGGCUGCGUCGCAAGCCCAAAAGGCCCAAGCUUGGUCGAGAAGAGAAGAGGCGCUCAGGGAGGAUGAGGACGAGAGAAAGGAGCGGGUAAAGGAGAGCAGAGAGGAGCAGAACAGGAUAGCGAGAGGAGGCAAAGCAAAGGUGGCGCUCAAGAAAAGUACUGCACGGAAAAAGGAGGUGUCUAAGGGCGAAGGAAAAACAGACAGUAGUGCUCCUGCUCCUGUCUUUGAGAUCCAAGGCUUAAAACCUAUGACCGCACCGAAGCCGAAAGAAGCCUAUGAUCCUUUCGGAAGGGUUGCUAUCAUACCAGAGUACUACACAUUGAAGAAAGAUUACGAGCAUCCUUGGCUUGAAAAAGCUAGGACAGAUCCAGCAAUCACUACUGGCGGCUAUGACGUUCACGAAUAUUGUGCCAGAGCUAUGAUGGAAGCAUUUGCUGGAAUGGGAGUGUUCAUAUGA